ACUGCGUUUAUUAAAUAAUCAACUAAAGAUAGAGAACUGUGUGGCUUUCCCCCCCAAGCACUAGGCGAGUAUUGUUUGUGUUAUUGUGUCAUGAUGUGACCCUCAACCUUUCUUCCAGCUUUACUCUUACACUAAUGUUUCUGCAUACAAAACUGCUAGGUUUAUCGGCCAGAGUUUACUUUCGCUGUAUUUUUUAAUAGUUGAAAAAAAAGCUAUCCUGGGAAACACGGCGUUUGGUUUCCACACUGUGGCAUGUCCCGCUAGCCGGCUGUGGGCUGCGAGGUCACGCAGCGUCGGUCAGUCAGCCAUAUUGGCUCCAUCAGUGCAGGAUGCAGCUGGGCUGAGCUGCUGCGAACAGAGGAGGGAGUUUUCUGCUUGUGGAGAGAGCGGAGACCCCCGGACCCCACCGAGAUUUUAAAGCAAAACACACCGAGACCUAACGACAUUCCACUAGCCGAAUAAAACACGCGUUUCAAGCGCAAUAACAGCACCGCUCCCCGAAUAACGGAUGAAAAGGAGACGAUAUUGCCAGGAUUUCCUACUACGGAGAAUAUGACCGACACCUAGCAUCUCCCAACGGCAUGGCAACAGGAUACCCGGACCCUAAUGUAAAUAACCAUGGCCUGAGUCAGGGGGUGAAACCACGCUUCAGUGGAGGGAUGGAGCGGCCGCCCGGGACGCUGGAGCGUGUGCUCAAAGUCUUCCACUAUUUUGAAAACAGCAGUGAGCCCUCCACAUGGGCCAGCAACAUCAGACAUGGAGAUUCCACUGACAUCAAGGGGAUCAUCCAGAAGAUUGUGGACAUCCACAAGGUGAGGUGCGUCGCGUGUUUUGGCUUACGGCUCAGCCAUCUGAAGACAGGGGAGAUUCACUGGCUCCACCCGGACAUGGGCGUCUCACACGUGAGGGAGCGAUAUGAGCGCCGCCACCCACAGGACGAGUGGAGGUAUGAGCUCCGGAUACGCUACUUGCCAAAAUCAUUCCUAAACCAGUUUACUGAGGACCAGCCAGCACUAAACUACUUUUACCACCAGGUGAGAAGCGAUUAUAUGAUGGAAGUAGCUGAUCAAGUCGAUCAGGACAUUGCACUUAAACUGGGCUGCCUUGAAAUCAGGAGGUUUUUCAGAGAGAUGCCAGGAAAUGCCCUUGAUAAAAAAUCCAACUAUGAAUUACUAGAAAAAGAUGUGGGUCUGAGGAGAUUUUUUCCCAAAAGCUUGUUGGAUUCGAUCAAGCCGAAAUCGUUACGGAAGUCGAUCCAGCAGACCUUCAAGUUGUUUGCCAACCUUAACGAUGAGCAAAGCAUUGUCAAGUUCUUUGAAAUCCUGUCACCAAUUUACAGAUUUGAUAAAGAAUGCUUUAAGUGUGCUCUUGGGUCCAGCUGGGUGAUAGCAGUAGAGCUAGCCAUUGGCCCUGAGGAAGGAAUCAGCUACCUCACUGACAAAGGCUCAGCUCCGACACACCUGGCCAACUUCACACAGGUGAAGAGUAUUCAAUUUGAAGAACAGGAGAAGAAGGGAAUUCUGCAGCUGGAUGUAGCUGGUGCAGCAGAGCCUCUAAAGGUGACGACACCAUGUGUGAGCACCGCAGAGAACAUGGCUGACCUGAUCGACGGUUAUUGCCGUCUUGUCAACAAAACUUCGUUAUCCUUCAUCGUCCGUGCGCAGAAAGAGGGAGAAAGAGCGUUGCCUUCAAUCCCAAAGGCUCCGAAAGCCUCGAACCAUGACAAACGACUACAGAGCGUCAGGGCCAAGGCUGUCUCUGUCUCAGAUGAGAUUAGUGGAGACGAAACUGACGACUACGCAGAGAUCAUAGAUGAAGAGGACACAUACACCAUGCCCUCCACCAGGGAUUAUGAGAUCCAGAGAGAGAGAAUUGAGCUGGGCCGCUGUAUAGGAGAAGGCCAGUUUGGAGAUGUCCACCAGGGAGUCUACGUUUGUCCGGACAGUCCUCCCGUCUCAGUGGCCAUAAAGACUUGCAAAAACACUACGUCCGACAGCGUGCGAGAGAAAUUUCUACAGGAGGCCUUAACAAUGCGUCAGUUUGACCAUCCGCACAUCGUGAAAUUGAUCGGUGUCAUCACAGAAAACCCAGUGUGGAUCAUUAUGGAGCUCUGCACAUUGGGAGAGUUGCGCUCGUUCCUGCAAGUGCGGAAGUACAGCUUGGACUUGGCAUCACUGAUCCUGUAUUCCUACCAGCUCAGCACAGCACUUGCCUACUUGGAGAGCAAACGCUUUGUGCACAGGGACAUAGCUGCCAGGAACGUGCUGGUGUUAUCGGUAGACUGCGUGAAACUGGGCGACUUUGGCUUGUCCAGGUACAUGGAGGACAGCUCCUAUUAUAAAGCCUCUAAAGGGAAACUGCCUAUUAAAUGGAUGGCGCCAGAAUCCAUUAACUUCAGACGCUUUACGUCAUCCAGUGAUGUGUGGAUGUUUGGCGUGUGUAUGUGGGAGAUAUUGAUGUACGGAGUGAAGCCCUUUCAAGGUGUGAAAAACAACGACGUGAUUGGCCGUAUUGAGAACGGCGAGCGACUGGCCAUGCCGCACAACUGCCCCCCCACCCUGUACAGUCUGAUGACCAAGUGCUGGGCUUAUGACCCGAGCAAACGGCCUCGCUUCAACGAGCUCAAAGCACAGCUGAGCACCAUCCUCGCGGAGGAGAAGGCUCAGCAGGAGGAGCGCAGCCGGAUGGAGAUGAGGAGGCAAGUGAACGCGUCCUGGGAUUCUGGGGGAUCAGACGAGGCGCCCCCCAAACCCAGCAGACCCGGUUACCCAAGUCCACGCUCAAGUGAAGGCUUCUACCCCAGUCCUCAACAUAUGGGCCAGCACAAUCACUUUCAGAUGGGAGGGUACCCAGGCCCUCACGCCAUGCCCCCCAUGCCCUGUGGGUUGUAUCCUCCACAGGCCUCAGGCAUGGGGCUCGACCUUCACGACGGCUGGAAUCAUCACAGAGCUGCUCAGGAUCAUGCCAUGUGGAACCCCAACAUGGAGGAUGGUGGUGUGCUGAGGGCCAGUAUGGGUCAGCUUCUCCCUCCUCACCUGAUGGAGGAGCAGCUGAUGUUGCAGCAGCAGCAGAUGGAGGAGGACCAGCGUUGGCUAGAGCAAGAGGAGCGUUUAAUGAAACCAGACUCGAGGAAUUCCAGAGGCAGUAUAGACCGAGAGGACUGCAGUCUCCAGGGACCAACAGGAAACCAGCACAUCUACCAGCCAGUGGGGAAAGCAGAUCAUGCUGUUCCUCCUAAGAAGCCUCCUCGGCCUGGAGCCCCGGGUCAUGCAGGCAGCACGGCCUGCCUUAACACUGCAGACAGCUACAACGACGGAGUCAAGAUCCAGCCUCAGGAGAUUAGCCCUCCCCCUACAGCUAAUCUGGACCGUUCGAAUGACAAAGUCUAUGAGAAUGUGACGGCGCUGGUGAAGGCCGUGAUUGAGAUGUCGAGCAAAAUUCAGCCUGCUCCUCCAGAGGAAUAUGUGCCGAUGGUGAAGGAUGUAGGUUUAGCGCUGAGGAAUCUCCUAGCCACAGUGGAUGAGACGAUUCCCUUGCUGCCGGCUCACACACACCGAGAGGUCGAGAUGGCUCAGAAGCUGCUGAACUCUGACCUGGCGGAGCUGAUCAAUAAGAUGAAGCUUGCGCAACAGUACGUGAUGACGAGCCUGCAGCAGGACUACAAGAAGCAGAUGUUGACGGCUGCCCACGCGCUCGCCGUUGAUGCCAAGAACCUGCUGGACGUCAUCGACCAGGCCAGGCUGAAGAUGUUGGGCCAGGCAAGGCCACACUAGAGACAUUUGAGCCUCACUACUCACCAGCACAGAACUACUAAACUAGCACACAGACAGGAUGCUCCUAACACUCCACGUUCUCACUCCAGCCUGUCUGCCAGGAGCACAGCAGGGUUUAUAUAUAUAUAUAUAUAUAUAUAUAUAUAUAUAUAUAUAUAUAUAUAUAUAUAUAUAUAUAUAAAUAUAAAUAAAGGAGUGGCGCUUCUAAUCAGGAGCUUUCAUAGUGGGAUCUGCAUUGGGACUGCUGUAUUAUACUAACAUACUAGGAGUAGAUCUGGAUUAACGACGAUCCACUGGAACGGAAACGCCGUGUCGUCGUAUUGGUCUCUGGAGAACAGAAGACGUCCUCACACUGUAUUUACCAGUUCUGUAUCUCAUUGGCGAGCCUCUGCUCCACAGCUACACUUAACAAAAUGGAGAACCAGCUCGACAGGGCCUCUGUGAACAUGCACCAGUGUUUGAUAAACUGUAAAGAUCUAAUCCAGUGUGUUUUGUCUGGAUGUGGAGCAAAGGCCUUAUGUGCCUCUCCACAACUCUGAAGGAGAGGGUUGUAUAUUUUGGCCAUGUGCCAUCUAGGAUUUAAAUAAAGUUAUGUCUGAAACAAAGUAA